AUGCGGUUACCAGUAUCUUCGACCCUCAGACCUAGGCGAAGCCCAUUGAUCACCGUCGCUCGUUCCAAACGCGCCUAUAAUGUUGCGGUGCUCGGAGGUGGAAUUACUGGCCUCUCGGCAGCUUGGAGACUGAUGCAAGACCAUCAGUGCUCGCAUGUUACCUUGUAUGAAAAAUCUUCGCGUGUUGGUGGAUGGAUGGGCUCAGAGAUAGUCCCAGUCGACGACGGCAAAAUUUUAUUCGAGUAUGGGCCGCGUACAUUCCGAAGUGCAUAUCCCGGAUCACAACCGCUGCUCUAUAUGGCCUUGAAGAUGGGACUUUUGCCAGAAUUAAUUGCGGUUCCUCCAGAAGCGCCAUCUUCAAACAACCGAUAUAUCUACUACCCAGAUCAUCUCGUUCGAGUACCUCAACCUAAGCCUGGAGGUACCCUUUUGCAGUGGCUGAAGGAAUUGGUCACAACGUUGUGGAAUGAGCCAUUGUUUGAUAAACUCAUACCGGGUAUCAUCAAUGAUACGGUCUCACCAGCAAGACCUAUAGAUCAAUGGCAACAGGAUGAAUCUAUAGCCAGCUUCAUCUCGCGUCGGUUCAACCCCACUGUUGCUGAUAAUAUUGUUUCAUCAGUCAUUCAUGGUAUUUAUGCUGGAGACAUCGAUAAGCUAAGUGCUCAAACUACACUGGGUGUUGUUCGUAAUAUGGAGGCCUCCGGUGGUAUUUUAGCCAACGCGACAACCAUGCUGCACAACGAUAAUAGGACGAGAAUGAUGGAUGAUUACUUGGCUAUCAACGAUCUUAAAAAACUGAUCACGAAAGACGAAGAAGCCAUGUCAAAACACUUGUCAAAAAGAUCAAGUAUUUUCACGUUCGAAAAAGGAACGCAGCAACUUACCGAUCGCCUCGCUGUCGUGUUGCAGGAAUCUGGCAAAGUUGACAUCAGAACCAACACCGAAGUCCAAAAACUGAGCAAAACACCAAUGGGCACUUUAACGAUAAAUGACGGGGAAAAACAAGAGACAUAUGACCAUGUUAUUUCGACUGUUCCAUCGCCAGUUCUGGCGAAGAUUUUGUCCCCAAAAGCAAAUCACCCAGCUCACCUCGUUCCCAAGACCAUCGAAAAAUUGAAACAGAAUGACUACGCUACAACUGUCAUGGUAGUUAAUCUGUAUUAUCCAAAUCUUAAACUGCCCGUGGUUGGAUUUGGAUAUCUAAUACCACGAUCAAUCUCAAUUGACCAAAACCCCGAACAUGGACUUGGGGUGCUUUUCGCCUCGGCGUCUAGUACUGCACGGGACGUCAUAAAUUCAUCUGUUACCAAAUCGCAAGACAGUGUAAAUGGUCAGAAGAUCACAGUGAUGCUCGGAGGCCAUUACUGGGACGACUGGAAGAAGACUGACUAUCCGGAUCAUGAAACCGCUGUUGCGAUGGCCACUAAAAUGCUCCAAAGACACCUUGGUAUCACCGAUGUUCCUACAGUCACGCGAAGUCGCCUGCAAUAUAAAGCAAUCCCCCAAUAUACUGUUGGGCAUUUGGAUCGCAUGUAUGACCUGUCCGCGACUGUCAAGAAUGAAUAUAACAGACGGCUCGUGCUAGCCGGAAACUGGUAUAAUGGCGUCGGUGUAGGUGACUGUGUCAGACAGGGCAUCCUCGCUGCAACUUAUGGUAUUGGCCGAGGAAACCCAAACUUUGAUAGGGAGGGCCCUUGGACUACUUUCAAGGUCCAAGCAUGGGACCUACAGGGUGGCAUUCCUACAUCUCCGGUCAGACUGGUUGAAGUUGACAAGAACGCGUGA